UUAACGUCUGGAUCUUUUGAAAAAAGGUCUCCUAAACGAGUGGCCCUGAUUAUAAAUAUUAAUCAUGGUAAACACAUUAGCCUUAACUUGGCUGUUUCUCAAAGCUCAGUGUUUUCCUACAUGCCUUUUUCACGUGAAAUGAGGCGAUUGAAUAUAUAUAAUAAACACUAAAAGAACUACAGCUGAUGGAAAUUUUAAAUUUCGUAUCAAAAGGCUGUGGAUACAAACUUAUUAAUGACUCUAAAAAUAUAAAAAAUCUAUAACGAAAUUUUUUUAGAGUUGCUUAGCUUUUCAUUUUUCCGCAAUCGAAAGUCGAGACUGCAAAAUUCAAGUGAAAAGCAAACCAACUGUGAUUAACACCUUAAACAAGUCAAGAUACUUUUUUUCGUCCUACCACAAGUUACAUAUCGUAAAUGUCAUUCUUGUUGAUGCCUUUCCCGAUGCCUCCGUUAGUUAAUAUAGCAGUAAAAAUAUUGUUCCAGUCAAAGCGUUUGGAAAAUUGCCUAACUUUUUAAGUAGCGAAGUCUAACCUGGUAACAUUUUGGCUUUACAACACGAUUGUUUUUUGCAAGUUAAAAAACGUAAAUACAAUUCUGCUUGGUGCUUUUCCGAAUGCCACCGAUGCCUUUUCCGAUGCCUCCAUUGUUUAAUACAGCGGUGAAAGAUAUAUGUACCAUCAACACUUUUAAAGAAUUGCUUAAAAUUUUAUUUAGCGAAGUAUACUGUUAACAUUUCGGCUUUACAACACUAUUGUUUUCUGCAACUACAUCUGAUAUGUCUCUAUAUGACCUAUUAAAGUUGUUUCCCCGCUGACCACUCGUAUUUCGGUCUUUUCUUCUUCCCCCACUCGUUACCCGUGAUGUAGUAACUCCCAACAGGUUCUCUUCGACACAUGUUCGUCACGCAACGACUUCUAUUUUUUUACCGAUGUGCGUUACAUUUGUGAUAGUUUUCUUCAUGCUUUAGCUUUGAACAAUGACCGAUACUCAAGAAAGUGUCGUGAUAAACCAAAAUACUAAUGGUCAGAUAUUUGGAUUCUUAAGGAGAUUAGUGAACAGCUGUACUGCAAGUGAAUGGUCUUUUAACAAAACCAUCGCGGCUGUGGUUGUUGUUGGGGCGGCUCUGUACCAUUAUUACGCCAUCCAAUCCCUAGAAGCCCGCUUUGAAACAACUGUGGAGAAAAUGCUUGAUAAAAGGGAACAAGGCUCCAAAACUUUCAUCAAGGAGGCUAUCAAAGAGUCCGAGACUAACGUGCUUAGAAGACUGUUAGACAUCAAACCCCUAGAAACAACUAUGGAAAAAAUGCUUGAUAAAAGGGAUCAAGGCUCCAAAACUUUCAUCAAGGAGGCUAUCAAAGAGUUCGAGACUACAUUGCUAAAAAGACUGUUAGUGCGUAAGAACUGUGCCGAGCUUUAUAAAUCUGGUGAAAUAACCAGCGGUGUUUAUAAUAUCAACCCGGAUGGUGCUGUACCUGACUUUGAAGUGUUUUGUGACCAAAAAAACACCGGCGGGGGAUGGACAGUGGUCCAAAGGAGGCUAGACGGCUCUUUGGAUUUCGACAGCAACUGGUCUGACUACAGGAAUGGCUUUGGUAACCUUGAUGGCGAGUUUUGGUUCGGAAUGGAAAAGAUACACCGCUUGACAAAAUCCCCGAGCAAGCUUCGAGUCGAUCUGGAAGAUAUUGACGGCAACACUGCUUACGCCGAAUACGACAUGUUUGUAGUAGCGACUGAAAGUGAGAAGUACCAGUUGAGCGUUGGGAAAUAUUCAGGAACAGCUGGCGACUCUCUUACUCAACAUCAUGACUAUACCUUUUCAACCGGGAGUUGGUACUUAGGCGACCCUGUACUUACCUGUUCUAUGAUGCUUAAUAACGGCUUGUGGUCCGAUGACUGUGCUUUCUUAAACCAGAACGAUGCCUAUCGUCAUAGAAAGGAAUCAGCCACUUUUGGAGUUUUCUGGUAUCACUGGAAAAGAUACCACCGUUCUGUGAAGAGGGCUGAGAUGAAAAUCAGACCGCUGGAUUUUUAG